ACUAAUAGAAAACCCCUACCAGUCGAAGUGGAAUGAUGAGCUAAAAGUCCCUUGUACGAUGAAGCUGAGUCACAGAAGCGGGAGAGGUGUCUUCUUUGAAGAUCGUUUCCUAUCGAGUGGAUAAAAUCCCAAGCCUUAAGAGCCCAUUAACCCAUCUUCUGUUCCGCUAGCCAGCUAAGCUAAAGCUUGCCAUCGACCGGUUCGUUCGGAAGUAACCGCAUGCGCUCACCUAUCCAUCAACCAAGACAGAAGGGAAUGACCAACCAAGCGAGCAGAGCCCAACUACCAAUCCUAUGUUCUCCCAAUUCUGGAACUGGUGGCAAUCUAACGAAUUCGGGAAAGCAAGAUGAUCGACACUGGAAAAGACGUCUUGGCGAGAGGUGCUUUAGCAACUCGACUGAAAAGGAGAGGGCGAAGGGUUCCUCGGAAGAGCUCGCAGUGAAUGCCCAGUGCAAUCCAAUAAAACAACCUAACAGAACCGCUCCGCCCCUCCAUGUACAGAAAAGUAAACCCAAAGAAGUUGUUCUGGACGAGAGAGUGAGAUUAGACUGCUUAAACCGUAGAUAG